GAGCAGCAAGAGCAGUACGAGUAUGAGGGUAUGCUCGAGGUGGAGCGUCGCCGCGCAGAGUUGGAGCACGCCCGUCGUCAGCAGGUCGAGGAGAAACUUGCCAUGGCCGUGGAGCUGAACGAAGAGGCGCUCGCGACCAUGAUGACGAUGUCGGAGGCCCAUGAGCAGAAGUUGCAGGAAAUGCAGGCUUUGCGCGUGGAGCAGCUCAGCCUGGAACGCAAAGACCGGCUGCAGGCGGAGGCCGAAGUCCGGCAGUUGCAGGCUGAGCUAGAGAAGUUUUCCGUUGUCUCCAUCUCGGACUCGGAGCUGGCCGCAGAGGCAGAGACAGCCGCCGCGAGCAGCUCCACGCUGCCCGAUGCACGGCCGCACACUGCCGAGACGCAGCCCUCCUUGCGG